AUGGCUAAUGCAAGAAAGGAAAAGAAAUGGUUUAAAUCUAUGUUUAAUUUCGAUGAUUGCCCGCCUGAAAAAAAAUCUAAAACGGAUAUUCUGGACAUAAGUACUACAAAGGUUGAGCAAUCUGCAAAAAACGUUCCAAGUGGAAACUUUAUAUCCAACAUCAAUGAUAAAAAUUGGAUGAAAAAUUUUGAUCCUCUUCAUGUUGAAGAUUUAGCUGUUCAUGUUAAAAAAGUACAAGAAGUAGAAGAAUGGCUUAAAAUGGCAUGUUUUAACAGUCACAACAACAUGUUACUUCUCUCUGGACCUGUAGGUUGUGGGAAGACAGCCACAGUGCACACACUAGUAAAUAAAUAUAAUAUCAAAGUCACCGAAUGGAUUACACCUUUAGACAUUGAAUAUCCCUCAGAAUUUGGUGAAUAUGAGUUUAAAGAAUCACAAUCAAAAAAGUUUUUAGAAUUUAUAAUAAAUUCAGCAAAUUUCACAUCAUUAUUGGAUAAUAAUAACUGCAAGCUGGUUUUAGUUGAAGAUUUUCCUAAUACAUUUCUAAGAAGUCCACCAGAAUUUAUAGAAGUUUUAGAGAAAUAUAAAUUAAAAGCAAAGUCUCCAAUAAUAUUUAUUUGUUCAGAAUCAUAUACUGAAAGUAAGAAUACGGCUUUUCAUCUUUUUACACCAAGUGUAAAAGAACAAUUUAAAAUACACCAUAUAUCAUUCAACAGUGUAUCUGCCACAGGUCUAAAAACAGCUCUCAAAAGGGCUACUGACAUUAUAAGUAAGAAGUAUACCUCCACAUAUAACAUACCAAGUACAGAUUUAAUUGAUUCAGUUGUCAAUUCUUCUGGAGGAGAUGUUAGAUCUGCUAUAUUAAACUUGCACUUUGCAUCUUUGAAAGGAACAAACUUUAAUUUAGAGACAAAUUUAAUAAAAGAUAAAGAGGUAAAAAGUAAAACAACUAGAAAGAAAAAGAAUACUUCUAAUAAAUUUAUGUCAUUAGGAAAAGACGAAACAGUUAGCAUUUUACAUGGUGUUGGCAGGGUACUGAAUCCAAAAGAAGUAACAGACCAAGAUGGAAAGAAGGUUCUAAGUCAUUUACCAAAAGAUGUUAUUGAACAAUUUUUAAGUAGCCCUUCUUCAUUUAUUAAUUUCUUGCAAGAAAACUACUUGCCUCAUUUCUCCUCAAUUAAUGACGUAGACAUAGCAGCGACAGCGCUCAGCACAGCCGACUGCAUGUUGGCAGAAUGGAGGGAAAAAGUAUGCCAGGAGUAUGGUCUUUACAUAGGAGUGGCGGGCUUGAUGUUAGCCAACAAAUCUCCUGUGUCUGCAUGGAAUCCAGUCAGAGGCCCAAAGAAUAUGAAAAUUCAAUAUCCAUCUCUCACUGAAUUACCACAACUUGAGCCAAAUUUUUUGUACAAAGGGAAAGUUUUAGUAAUAGAUUACUUAACAUAUUGUAAGAAAAUCGGGAAUAAAUCAGAUAAUAAUUUAAGUAAUGAUGAUUAUGAU